AUGAAUGAUACCAUCCCUACCACACGUGCCUGGGUUAGCGAACCCGACGGGCGAGGAACGUGGAAUUUGCCUCCCAAAUCAGAUAGCGAAUUCAGAAGAUGGAGAUCCAAAUUCGAUCUUGCUUUUUUGACGAUACUCGGAUCUGAAUUCAUAUUGAUGCUAGCUCUGGGUCAAUGGUCUUCCGCAAGCUGCUCUCUCAAGCUCGGUUUGAUGUCGAAGCUGGCAGGACAGAAAUUCCACGAGGCUGGUUAUAAAGACUGGACUAUCAAGCAUGCCUUCUUCGCCAAUAUGGGGGGCUUCUUGAUCGAGCCCCCCGAAACAGACAUACCUUCGUUCCCUUUGGAUGCGGAGCAGCUCUACGUCCUGGUUCAGCAUGCGCAAGCCCUCUGGUUUACCUUAAAUUGUAUCUUUCGAUUUGCUCAGGGUAUUUUUGUCACCACUCUUGAGCUCACUACUCUUUCCUUUGUUCUAGUCUUUCUAAUAACAUCAUACUGCUGGUAUCACAAACCUAUACCGAUUACUUUGAAGCUCAAUACCACUGUAGCUGCAAUUGGAAAAGAUCAUCAUCAAGGCCCCGAAUCGAAGUGGUACGAAACACCACUUGAAUACCUCUCGCGGAAUGAGGGGUUUCUUGCUCGAUUUUGGAGAUACUACAUUCAGAUCCUACACUACAUGCAUAUACCAUUGACCACUCGGCCCCAGCGACGCCCAUAUGAUCGCAUUCCAGGUCAUUAUAUACUAAAUGUGGAUACCAAGGCCGAGAUAAUCGCCACCCUGACAAUUCUUUUCUUCAGCGCUAUGUUUCUAAUUGUGUGGAAUUCUCAUUUCCCUACCAGGACAAAGAAAUUACUUUGGCGUAUUGCCAACGUGAACACUAUAACCUAUGCAUUGAUUGGAGCGCCCCUUUCGUCGUACUUUCAGAAAACCAUAUUCCAAGCGAAGUUGAGACAAGAAAGGGCACAAGCUAGGUUGACGCGGAAACUAGAACUCAGAGGAUGGAUCGGUCAUCUUGCUGCGAACCUCAGGGAUAUUCAUCCUGAUCAGGAUCCUGACUUGGAAAUUCCGCUUCGCGCGUUGAUUCCAAUUUCCUUUCUAUGUGCUUCAUAUUGCGGGGGUCGAGGGUUUAUCUUGACGGAAGACUUCAUUGGAUUGAGGAGUUUGCCGGAGAGUGCCUUUGAGACGGUUACAUGGUCAAAAUAUGUACCUCGCUGGUAG